GACCCCCGCCCACCCCUGCUCAGCUCUGAAGGCCGACGACGCCCCCAUGUGACACGGAGGGGCUGGUGGCUGAAGGCCCGACUCCCUCAGCUGGGCCUGGGCUGCCCGCUGGGUUCCCGUGACCCUCUGACCCUGCCAGACUUGCCCUUCUCUCCCCUGUGUCUUCCCACCUCAGUGCCCAGGAGCGACAUGGGGUCUGGCACCGGCAGGUGCUCCUUGAGGGAACGUCCUGGCACAGGUGCCCCCCUGGGCCCCCCAGUGCCUGGCAACUCCCCGUCCCCCCACCUCAGCCCCGGUUGCCCUGUGGACAACUGUCCUCUCCUGCUGGACAGACUGCAUCCUGUAUCCCCUCUGGGGAUGCUGAUCAGCCACCGCCUCGUCCUCAGCAUGAAGACGUCUGUGUGUUCAAGUGCUCGGUGUCCCGGGAGACGGAGUGCAGCCGUGUGGGCAAGCAGUCCUUCAUCAUCACCCUGGGCUGCAACAGCGUCCUCAUCCAGUUCGCCACGCCCAGCGUUUUAUGGCUACCUGUCCCAGCAGCAGAACAUGAUGCAGGACUACGUGCGGACAGGCACCUACCAGCGCGCGAUCCUGCAGAACCACACGGACUUCAAGGACAAGAUUGUUCUUGACGUCGGCUGCGGCUCUGGGAUCCUGUCGUUUUUCGCCGCCCAGGCUGGAGCAAGGAAGAUCUAUGCGGUGGAAGCCAGCACCAUGGCCCAGCACGCCGAGGUCUUGGUGAAAAGUAACAACCUCACGGACCGCAUCGUGGUCAUCCCCGGGAAGGUGGAGGAGGUCUCACUCCCCGAGCAGGUGGACAUCAUCAUCUCGGAGCCAAUGGGCUACAUGCUCUUCAACGAGCGCAUGCUCGAGAGCUACCUCCACGCCAAGAAGUACCUGAGGCCUGGGGGAAACAUGUUCCCCACCAUUGGUGAUGUCCACCUCGCACCCUUCACGGAUGAACAGCUCUACAUGGAGCAGUUCACCAAGGCCAACUUCUGGUACCAGCCAUCCUUCCACGGAGUGGACCUGUCUGCUCUCCGAGGUGCUGCGGUGGACGAGUAUUUCCGGCAGCCCGUGGUGGACACAUUUGACAUCCGGAUCCUGAUGGCCAAGUCUGUCAAGUACACGGUGAACUUCUUAGAAGCCAAAGAAGGAGAUUUGCACAGGAUAGAAAUCCCAUUCAAAUUCCACAUGCUGCAUUCUGGGCUGGUUCACGGUCUGGCCUUCUGGUUUGACGUCGCUUUCAUUGGCUCCAUAAUGACUGUGUGGCUAUCCACGGCCCCGACGGAGCCCCUGACCCACUGGUACCAGGUCCGCUGCCUGUUCCAGUCACCACUGUUUGCCAAGGCCGGGGACACGCUCUCAGGGACAUGUCUGCUUAUUGCCAACAAAAGACAGAGCUACGACAUCAGUAUUGUGGCCCAGGUAGACCAGACAGGCUCCAAAUCCAGUAACCUCCUGGAUCUGAAAAACCCCUUCUUCAGAUACACAGGCACGACGCCCUCCCCGCCGCCUGGCUCCCACUACACGUCCCCCUCGGAGAACAUGUGGAACACCGGCAGCACCUACAACCUCAGCAGCGGGAUGGCCGUGGCUGGGAUGCCGACCGCCUACGACCUGAGCAGUGUUAUCGCCGGCGGCUCCAGCGUGGGCCACAACAACCUGAUUCCUUUAGCCAACACGGGGAUUGUCAAUCACACCCACUCCCGGAUGGGCUCCAUAAUGAGCACGGGGAUUGUCCAAGGGGGCAGAGCUGGCCCCUCAGUGCCCACACCCCGCCCCACAGGGUCCUCCGGCGCCCAGGGCAGCAGCGGCGGCAGCUCCAGCGCCCACUACGCGGUCAACAGCCAGUUCACCAUGGGCGGCCCCGCCAUCUCGAUGGCCUCGCCCAUGUCCAUCCCAACCAACACCAUGCACUACGGGAGCUAGGCCACCCCGGCGUGGAACGGACUGACAGCACCAGGAAACCAAAUGAAGACCCUGCCCACCCCCCCUCCACCCGGGUGGCUCUCACCCUUGUACCGGAGAAGCCCAAACACCCGCUCACAGCCCUCUUUGCUACGGGAACUUGAACACUUUUUUACACGAUGUUGCCGCCGCCCCCAGCCCGCUGCCCGCCCACGUCUCGGCCCUGAGCGCGUGUCGCUGCCAUAUUUUACACACGAUCGUGUCGUGGGAGCCCCGUUACCCGCUCCUGCCCUCUCCACCCUGACCUGGGUUUGAAAUCUUCUGUAACAGGUGUGUCCGGGCCUGACAGCUGCAGGCCUGGCAGGGAGGGAGGGGAGCAGCUGACGCCCCCCCCACCCCCACCCCCUGCAAUCCCCCGGC